CGGGAACAACUAACAGUAGCCGAGCAGACCGUACGUUACUUGGAGAAUAAAAAUAGCGGCAGUGAGCAGGAUGCACAUGGGGGCUCCAGCUGAGCAGCUGUGGGCCAUGCUGGACGACAUGGCUGACAGCGACCCGGAGGGUUACCGGGCCUUUAUCCGCCGGCAGCUCCAGGAGGGCGCCGACUUCUGCACACGGCCCGAGCCCAAGUACUGCCUGCGGACCCGGAUACUGGAGCCAGAGGAGAGGGUGCUGUACAUCAACGUGUGCAGCUGGAAGCGGGUCCCCCGGCCGGAUUCCCCGGCCCACGCCGUGCCUGUGUGCGGGGGGAGGCUGGAGACAGUCUCAGACGGCCUGGAAACGUACUACCUGCUGGAUGUGGCCUUCAACCCUGAGGUCCUGCAUGGAGAGCAGGAAGAGGGCCGGCGUGCACGGUUGGCCCGGCUGGCCGUGGACUUUGCGCAGCAGCAACACGGCCUCCAGGUGUCGCAGGGCUGCUCGGUCACCGAAACCAACCUGAUGGGAAGCAUGUGGGGUCUGCAUGAGCGCCUCGCCUCCUCACGGCGGCCCGUUGCCCCAGUGCUUUCCACUUGGGAGGCCUUGGAAAAGGCGAAGAGCAGAAUGAGAGCGGUCGCUGAUGAGCGUUUGAUUAGUUCAGCCUGGUGCAAAUCCUGCACGGCCACAGGCCGAGUUCCCACAGGCGCCUCCCUUCUGCAGCAGAUCUCCUCACUCCGCAGCAGAGCAGAUGACCCCCCUGUGGUCCUGCCCCCCCUGGAGCAGCCCGGCCCCCAAACUCCACCUCUCAUCCAGGUGAUCUCCAGCACGGAGACGGCAUGGCCUCAUAAGCCGGAGUACGAGCUCACGCUGAGCGAGGGCCCGGCGGCGAGCGUCCGCCUGAACGUGCUCCUGCCUGGCGUCCGCUCUGUCUCCCAGUGCCAGCUCAUGGCUUCACAGGAUGACAUCCUGCUGCAGGUACAGGACCUAUACCGACUUCACCUGGAGCUCCCAGCAGCAGUAAGAGAGGAGGAAACCACAGCCAUUUUCAACAGAAAGAGAGAAACAUUGUCUGUGUCCCUGCCUCUGCUCUGAGCUCAAGGUCUCAAAGGCUUCCAUAAUCUCCAUCAAAGGUCUCAACUUCUAUUUGCACCAUCCAGAACCCGGCAGCGCAUCUUACGAACCCUCCACAGACUAAUGGACAGUGCCGUUGUUGCCGGUCCACAGUCUCUCCAGGGUCUUUUAUUUUGUGAUAAUAACAACUCAGGUGGACCUUAUUAGGUCACAACCCUGGCUCAAGAAGAGGGAUCCGAGCAAACACAGAAUGCCCUGUCGAGAGAGCAGAUUUUAAGCAAAAGUACAGAAUUAGACUGCAGAGGCUGUCUGCCUGGGCAACCUUUUGGAAAAUCCAAAAAUAUUUUCAUUGCAAUAAAUUCAGUUUAAAUAUCUUG